GGCUGCAGUAACUGAAGGGCUCGUUGCAGUGUUUUGGUGAUAUUUGUGAAGAUGGAGACAGAUGUUGAGAGGAAAAAGUAGCCACAAGGAAAAGACUUUCCACCUGCCUGCCUUUGAAGGGGACUCAGACUGCCAUGGCCUCUAAAGAUUCCCAGAGUCAAAAGCCUGGAAGACUGCCUGGUUUUCUUCCAGGAUCUACAGACCCAGAUCAACACUGUUGGGCAGCUUCUUCCCAACCCAGGAAACAAGCAAGGCAGCAGCCUGACGACAGUCAGCCAAGUCGUUUCCUGCCAACAGCCAGUCUCCCCCCUGGUCUAGAAUAUUUAAGCCAGCUGGACCUGAUAAUCAUUCAUCAGCAGGUGGAACUUCUCGGGAUGAUACUCGGUACUGAGACUUCCAACAAAUACGAGAUCAAAAACAGCUUGGGACAAAGAAUUUACUUUGCAGUGGAGGAAAGCAUCUGUUUUAAUCGUAAUGUGUGUUCCACACUGAGAGCCUGCACCCUGAGGAUCACAGACAACUCGGGUCGAGAGGUGAUUACAGUGAACAGGCCCCUAAGGUGUAACAGCUGCUGGUGUCCCUGCUACCUACAAGAGCUAGAAAUUCAAGCCCCUCCUGGUACUAUUGUUGGUUAUGUUGCACAAAAGUGGCACCCCUUUCAACCCACAUUCACAAUCCAAAAUGCAGACAAUGAAGAUAUUUUGAAAAUUGUUGGUCCUUGUGCAACCUGUGGCUGUUUUGGAGAUGUGGACUUUGAGGUGCAAACUGUUGACGAAAAGAUUACAAUUGGGAAGAUUUCCAAGUACUGGUCAGGAUUUGUCAAUGACGUGUUCACAAACGCUGACAACUUUGGGAUACAUGUUCCUGCAGAUCUCGAUGUGACACUCAAAGCAGCAAUGAUUGGUGCUUGCUUUCUCUUUGAUUUUAUGUUCUUUGAACACUCACUUGCUGGAUUAUAGCAAGCAUGAUGACGAAAACAAUAAA